UCAUUCGCUCUCAGAGACUCCAGCACACCACACCGUCUGUACAGCAUCAACUUCCAAACAUAUCGUUAACCCGGAGGAGGGAGGGUAUUGUUGUGGACACCGACGACUUCCAGCUACUUGACAGGCCGAGGGAUUUAAGCAGCCUCUCCGGUAAGGGAAAAACCUCUACAUUAUAACGCUAACUAACACUGUAAAAGAGAGCCCAGUGUUUAUAUGUGUAUGGCUGCUACCUAGCUAGGUGGCUAACUAAAGAACGUCGGUUAACCCGCAGUGGCUAGCUCGGCUUUCUGUUGCUCGUCCUUCGCGGUUACAGUCGGAUGUUUGGUGCGAACAGUUUCCUCGGUAGAGUUUAAAAGGAUUAAAAGCUUUAAAGUUUAGUUCAUUAUCUCUUAAUUUGAGUCAACGUUUUAACGCUUAACACAGCAGCUGGAAGAUGGUGAAAAACUCUGUUAACUAGCUCAAUUUUAAAAGUAUUAACCGUUUGUUGGUGGCGUUGAACAUUGUCGAGAAUAACCGUUUGUUAUUUUUAAAUUUCGCUUCACACUGCGGCUGAUUUGACAGUUUCACACGUUAAUUUUAAUCUUAACAGACAGCAGCAUAAGUUUACCAAGCUGAACAGCCGACAUUGAGUUUCGUUGAGCUGGUGUUAGUGCUCCCAGCAGACGGUUUACACAACUUUAAACUCAACCAUGUACAAGUUCUCUUUAGCUCCGAAACAGUUUAUGAGUCGCUGCUUUACUCAAAAAAACAAACAAACAAACAAACAAAAAAAAAACUGCACGAUCAAAAGUUUUAAUCACUUCACUUGUGACAGGAAAGGCAACAGUCCCGUCUGUUGAAAGGUUAGUACCCGUGAAGGUCUCAAAGCAGUGACAUGAUCACAUCAGAGAGGGUUAAAAAUACUCAUUGAUUGCAUCAUUUCAUGCCACUUUCUCCUUGUUUCCCCCCCUGAAAAAUAUCUACGCCUGUAUUCUUCUCUUAUACUUCCAUGUUUACCCACCUCUGCAGAACAAAAGGCUCUGCACAGCGGCCCCCUCCCCCUAAACUGUCAGAUUGAUUGAAUCCAUACUUGAGGUAUGAGAGGAGCAGUGCAGCAGAUAGAUUUAAGGACCACUCUUUAGUUUGUCCCAAAAGCUUAAUCAAGAGUAGGGCUGUAACGAUAUGAACAUUUAACAUCAUGAUCAUCGUGGCCAAAAUUAUCACGGCAUUGUUGAAAUAUGUUUAAAAUGUUUAAAAAGUACUUAUACAUCAUUUAACAAAGUUUUAUUUUGAAAAAACAAUCAGAAUAACACGCAGAAUUAACUUUUCCGUAACCUUAAAUAUCAGAGGAGCCAUAAGCUUAAAAAAUUAAUGAUGGUGCCUUAAAAGAGCCAGAGAUAAUCAACACUAGUACUAGUAAUAAAGUACAAAGUAAUGUGCCUGUGGCAUAAACAUGAACAUAAUAAAAAAUAAGUAAAAUUUAAAUAAAAUAACAUUCCUUAUUGUGCAAAUUGUAAUCAUCUUCAGCGCUCAAAAAGAUCUACUCUUACAAAUAUAAAACAGCAACACGACUAUAUGAAACAAAACAACCACAUGUUAACAAAUGUGUGGUGCAGGUGUUUUAAAAUAACGUAAAAUAUGUAAACAAAUCAAAUGAACCACACCGAUUGUCCGUUUUGUUAAAAAAAAAGAUAUAAAUUUACUUAAUAAUUUUUUUAUUAACAAAUAAACUGCACAUUAGCACACAGCAAAAUAAGUAAGACUUCUAUGUAUUAAAAGAAAAUUUAAUUAAAAGAAGAAAAAAAAACUGGAUCGGCAUCAUUCAUCCGAUAUCCGAUCCAAAUAUCGGAUUGGUGCAUCCCUAAUGAAAACUAAAAUAAUCAUUCACUCUAACUUAAUCUGCUGGGUGGCAUUAAUAGUGUCCUUGUCCGUAAAGCCAACUACACUCGCCCUUCUGACUAAUCUUGGGAUUUCUGACAAUUGAAAUGUGACUAAAAGAUGACUUAAACUGUCCAGAUUAGACUUUUCCAACUGUGACUUCUAGGGAGAUAAAGACCUGUCUACCUCCUGGUGACCUUUAGGGCGUCAUGCACAUGUGUAUCAUAUCUUGGUCGCAUUAUUGCAGCUCUUCGUAUCUUGAUGUUGAUUAGUCUUCUCUGCGUCACUCAUGCAGUUGCACAUUCACUGACGCGGUAGGAAAGAAAUGAUAACAUCACUCCAGUGCUGUCUUGUCUUUACCGGUGUCUUGCCAGUUUAAGAUUUUAAUCAUUUCAUAUUAUUUUAUUUACAUGGGACAGUGCCUUCAUAAUUAGCCGAGCUGUUGAGCUCCCGGUCAGAGCAGAAGGUCAACACACCAGAUGCUUUUGGAUGUUCAACGCUGACAGAGCUUUUGCAGUAGCUGCUUCCAGACUCUGCCUCUCCAUCCUUUGAAACCUGUAAAUCUUUGCUUGAGACCACCAUAGUACAACUCUACUUUGCUGUUGUUUUAAAUGUGCUUAACAUUAAACGUUGACUCAACUAGAAUUAAGGCUGAGAAAGGAAGCAGAACAGGACUUCAAUAUAAUUUAACAUUCAGUUGUGAAGAAAAUAUAUUUUUCAAAAAGUUCCUCUCACUGCUGGUAGGAAAGCAUACGACAAAAGAAGUCAGUUAAUAUCAAUAAUAGAAUUGUCUUUUAUUCAUGUAGCCGUCAAAUAAAACGUGAUAGAUUGUCUUUUACAGAAAAAUGGCUCGUCAUUGAAAAGGAGUGAAUGAAUCUGACCUGUAAAGUUUGUGUGUAAAGUAACAACUAAGUUAGCUGGAGGCACAACUAACUCUGGACUAUCUGUGUUUUUCAGUUGUACUGUUUCUGUCUGUGUCAGAGAUUCAAAGUUUUUCCGAGCAAACACAUAUUUGGAUUAAUAAUUUCGAGUUAUUGGAACAUUGAUAUGAAUUGUGACAGAGUAAUCCAGAAUAUUCAGACAUAAACUCUAUGUGUAAGAUCUCGGGCUUAUAAAGCAGCUCCUUACACUCAUAUCUGAAUUUUAAAGUACAUACAAUUUUGGUUUGAUAUGAUUGAAGACAUAGCUUAUGUUCUUGUUUUCUCUCAUGCGAAAUGAAUAUAUCUAAGGGCCCAGUCAGUCUCAGUUCUUUGCAUUUGUACCCUGCUUUUAAUACCCAGGGUUACAAGACAUGUGGUGCUGGCUUCUUCAUGUCUAUCCUGUCUGACUUGUUGCUCCAGUUUUGUUGUACAUUCGUGGUCUCAUGGGGGUUUCCUUGUCUCCAUGGUUGUCAAUGCUUAGUUUGCAGUGCAGGUUUCUGUGUUUGUCUCUGGUGAGGUGGUUAAAGCUAAGGGGUAAAGAUUAUUCUAUGGAAACGGCAUGAGCAACCAGAGGAAAGAGGAGGGAUGCUUUCCCCCUCCCCUUCCUCUCCCUCUCCUCAGCAGUCUGUCCCAGCAGAGCCCUACUCAAGGGAACAGCCACAGAGACGUGUACCAGCUGCAUCCACGAUGAAUGGCAAGGGCUCUGGAUGGGUUGCCAUGACAGGAGCACUGGCACGCGUUGUUAUGCAGACACCUCUUUUCUGGGGGCAUGUUUGCACGUUAUUUCAUUGCUGGUCUUUCUUGGUUGGUGCUUGAGAGGAAAGGUCUGCUAUUGUGCACAGAAUCUGAAUAAUGCUUUUUCUUAAGCUUGCUGUAUUUUCUUGCAGUGCUGGUUGUGAGUGUACAGAAUAUCUUCUGAAUGUCUCGGUAGUCUAGUGAAGAAAAAUGAUGCGGUUGUGUAAGAGCUGUUUUGCGGUCUGCUGGGCACAUCUGUCCAGAUCAGUUUCACUCCUAUGUGCAGUUUUAAACACUCGUAUCCAAACAGUUUCCUGUAGAUUUGCACUCACUUUAAGAGUUUGGAGGAAUUAUAGAAUUAUAUAGAUAAUGCGGCUAAUAAAAAUUCAGCCCUUGCCUUUCAAGGCUAUUGAGGAGUUUCCUGCAUUGUAGUGCAAUUAAAUAAUUGAUAACUUUAAAGAUGAUUGUACUACUACUACAGGAGUUGCGUAUCUGGCAAGUUUAGUGGACAAGAUGCAGCUACAAAGUGGAUGAAAAUAAAUGUGUCCUGGAAGUGAAUUAGGAAAAGAAACUUUGCAGACUCUUCGACAUUGUUCUGAAUACAAAUAAUAAAAGUGUGAAAUUAAAUCCUCAUGAAAAGAUUGUGGAGAGUAAAGGUCCUCACACCGGGACCGUUUUUAUUUAUCCGGACGUCAAUAUUUCUUUUGGAACCUGUAUCCUGUCAAUGCAUCAGCGAUGUUUUCCUGUCAUGCGAUAUUACGGCGUUUAUUUUUUCGUAUCAUGGUCAAUUUUUUUUAAAGUUUCGCAUACUGUGUGUUCACUUCUGACCAACUUGUGGAGAGUCAUAGCGUCGGAUUUCUCAUUAGACGAUAGUUUGUGUGCUUUAACAGUUUGCUAAACGUUCUAGCCAAUCAGAGGCGAAGGAGGCGGGACUUUCCUCGGCAGAAGUCUUUCCCGGGAUGCGUCUUUUCCCCUGGAAAGUCGCGGAAUCGCAUCAGCUUGAUGUGUACAGUCAGGCGCGUCAAAAUUCGCCUCUGAAUAUUUCGUACUUUCGCGUUCUAUAUUCGCGUCGGCCCCGGUGUGUAAGGACCUCAAGGCAGGAUUUGAUCUGUUACAGACUCAAUAGGCAGGUUAUACCCUUUGAUGAAAAACAUGUUUAAUGAGUUGAAAUCUACCUUAAGACUUUAAUCCGAUUGUCAAACAGACAAGGUCCGGAUAGUUAUGACUUAUAUCCUUUUAUGACAAUCGAGUAGCUGAUCUCACAAUGUGUGUAUUCUUAGUUCUACUGCAUAGUUUAGAUAGAGAGGCGGGAUUGUGUUUGUUCACUGUGGCAGAUCUGCUGGAAAGGAGUCUUGCCAGGGAUUAAUUUUCUAUUUUUUGAAUGUGGGUUUUCAUUUUUAAUGCAAAGCCCACCAAUCGAUGUGCGCUCUUUGCCCAUAGAAUUAGAAAUGUCCUUUCCAGACCCAAUCGGUGCACACAUUUUCAACUGUGGUGUUAUUUCAACACCACAAAGAAUUUGAUCCUGUUAGCAGGGUUGAACAGCUGCCUGAAAAUCAACCCACUUAUUUCAGGUUAAUCUGGGGGGGAAAGUGUACACUUGGAUUCUGGACUUUGUACUCCAGAUAUGCCCUGAGGCUGACAGGAUGCCAAGCAGUUCUCUGAAAGCAUUUGGUACGAUCAAUUUAACUCAUGUAAGGUCACAAUGAUCAAAACAACACACAAACUACAGGAUGCUGCCUGGCUGGCAGAGAUUUCCCUGGAAAAAGUCAGAACUUACAGCCUGGAAUCUUCAUCUGGAAAUACUUAAGUCAAAUGUAUUCCCUCUGAACAGGCUGUUCUGGUGCAUCAAAAUAACCUUAAAUGUCUGAAGUGGCCCUGGAGGUUAUUUUUUUUUUCUUAUUGGUGAUUAAAAGGUAUUGUGUUUGGCUUUUCCUAAAAUAAAGAUAAACAAUGAGGAGAUUAACUAAGAGGAUUACACUGUUUUUUUUUUGUCGCAUAAAUUCUUAUUCACCGUAUUUUUCACACUACAAGGCGCACUUAAAAUCCUUAAAUUUUCUCAAAAAUCCUCAGUGCGCCUUAUAAUCAGGUGCGCCUUAUGUAUGAAAUCUGGUUGUGCUCACUGACCUCGAACCGAUUUUUGUGUGGUACACAGCGCUCAAAAAUCUGUCAGAAUGUUUUAUUACGACUUCGGUAAGCUACGAAGCCGCACAGCCUGAUGACUUGUCGGAGCACUUUGUUUGGCUUAAUGCGCUUUAUAAUCCGGUGCGCUUUAUGUAUGAAAAUAGACUCGAAUAGACGCGUUCAUUGAUGGUGCACCUUAUAAACAGGUGUGCCUUAUAGUACGAAAAAUAUGGUACUGCCUAUUAAUUUUUGAUGCAUGUUAUUAUCACUGAUUAUCUUCUCAAUAAUAAACAUUUAACCGAUAGUUUCCCUCUCAAUAGAACCCCAUAGUUAAAUAAUAGUUUGUCAUUUUGAUGCCUCUGUAUCACUUAAAUGGUCAAAAGGUUAAUAUAGAGUAACCAAGUACAACAACAAUAUAGUAUAGUCUUAUUAAAUGUAAAUUACAACGUGUACUCUGAAAAUCCCCUUUCAGGGUGUGAAUAAAUACUUUCUUUGAAAUGGCUCAGCUGGAUUGUAAAGUUGUAAAACCCGGUUUGUUCAGUUUGGGGCGCUUUGGGUUUGUCGAUAGUUUGGAUGCAGACUGUUUACAGAGAACAAUUCUGACAUUUAGUCUCAACUUUGACAUAUUAAAAAUGUUGAUGGGUCACUGUUGGCUUGAAGUCAGAUCUUACUAAAAAGAAAAUGAGCACCUAUGUUAAUCUCCUUUUAUUAAGAACCUCUGUCUGCCGUGAACACCAAAUGGCACGUGGUUGUUUUACAGGCCAAACAGGAAACAGAAUCAUUAACCUGAAUAUUUCAGGACUUUUAUUGCUGUCAUAAUAAUUAAAGUCCAAACCAGAUACAGAGGGCUUUUGUUUUAUAGUGAAGGCUCUACAUAGCAUCCCUGGCUGGUCAACCCCGUAGAGACAUAUUUUGCAAAGCUGGUCUUGUAAAGCUUUACUGGGCAUGUUAAAUAUGAAAUAGUUCAACAUGUGUGCUGUGGAUUGUGUCUUUUUACUCACUCUGCCUGCAGUACACAGCGUAGGAUUUCCAAUCACAAGCAGAAAAAGAUUGUGAGUUUUUUAAUCUUGGCUUUAUAUUUUUUACCUUUAAAGCUGGCACGAAUAUGAAACUUCAAGUGAGAUGUUGCUUUCAGAGCAGUCUCUGUUGUGCCCUCAUUGACUGGCAGCAGCCACUCAGGAUAGAGUUGUUGCCAACCACAAAGACGAUUAUGCUUUGAACCCAGGAAAACAACACAAAACCUUAGCAGUAUCUGAGGGGUGUCGAUUUGGCUCGGCUAAAAGCGUGGCCCCAUGCACAAAGGCUGUAGUCCUCAUCUCAUUGGCUGCUGUUACACCUCCCGGCUCUGACCCUUUGCUGCAUGCCCUCCCCUACUGUAUAACACACACUCUCUGUUUCUCUUCAGAUGUCCUAUCUGAUUAAAAAAAAAAAUAAAAGCCAGUAAAAUAACUGGGAAAAAUUUUGCAACUUAGAGGUUAGGAACAUUGUUGAAGAUUUUGUUAUUGUUGUCCAACUCCUGCCUUUUCUGCUCUAUUUGAGCAGCCACUGGUGAUCUUGACCUCAUCAAAACUAAUCCACAGGUAUUUAAAUUUGACUGGUUAGCUAAUUUUUACCUUAGAAGCAAAUCCACAUUUGUGAAAUCAGUUGCGGUGUGUGCCACACUCAAGUUAAGUCUACAAUCCAUGUUUAGUAUCACAUUUUAUCUUAGACUUAAGUCAGAAGAUAAUACUUUAUUGAGGGUAUGUCGGGUUGUUGCAGCAAUACAUACAUGAUUAGCAAGAAAGGAUACAGUGAGAGUGUGAGUAGAAAACAUAGAAAUCCAAAUGAGUAAAGAUAAGAUGAAAAAUAAACAUGUGUUUUAUGCAAACGUAUGAGAAAAUGAGAAUUAUACAGAGCAGAAAGGACAUGUUAUACAGUAAGUGACGGAGCAAAGUGACAGUUAUGGGUUAAAGUAAAAUAGCAACACGUUCACAUUAGGGCAAUGCAAAUUGUUUUAUGAAGUUUAGAAUAUAAAGAUAUAAUCAGUUCACAAUGUACCAGGAUAGUUUCAGGUCAGAGUAGGAGUAAGGAGUGUACGGUACAGAGUAGAUAAUCUAUUGGAAUACACAUGGUUGUAUAGAUAUAUGUCAAUAUGGAAAGAGAAUAGUAGAAGCUGGUACUCUAUAUAAUAACAGUAGAAGUUGCAUUAGUAUUAUGUGAUAUAAUAAUAUAAUAUAAUAUAAUACCAUGCCUCCUGGAGCUUUUUUUAUAAUAGCUAGAUACAUGAUAUUAAGAGAGAUGAUGAUUCCUAAGUCCAUGCUGCAGUCUUCUGCUUUGAGAGCUUUAAGUGAAUCUUAGUGCAAAAGUGAGUGGGAUUUGAUGGACCUGCCCCCCCUCUCUAACAGUAGUCGGGGUUUAGCAGGCUUAUCAGGGAGGUCACACAUUGAAGACUAGAGAGCACUCACUCAUCCUCGAUGGACCAACUCAUAUAGAUCUGACGACACACUCUGGCAGAUGUGAGAGCUUCAUCCUUUAAUGCAGAGUCCUGCUAUGUGCUUCAGUGGGGUUAAAGAUUAAGGUCUUUAACUGACCACACUGUCUGGUCUGGAGGAUUCUGGCUUUUCACUCAUUAUUCUUCUACUUUUCAAAGAUACACAGGGCACACUCAUGAGUUUGUAUGUUUUUGCAUUUGAGUAAACUGUGGCCCUUUUUUGUUUUCACAGGGGCUGGUCAAUAUGUGAUUAUUCAUGGGGAUGCAUUGUAAUCCUGGUAACAGCAGAUAGCCUAAUAAUUAUUUAUUAGUAUUGGCAGAUAUAAGAAUUUCUGCAGGUAAAUAUGGUCAAUAAUGUGACGUAUCGCACAUGUGAUGACAGCUGCUUAUUUAGGCCCCAAGUGAUAUUUCCUGAUAUUGUUUGUUUUCCUCUGUUGAGACGUCACUGAGUUGAUACACCAAGAGGAGCUGGUAAUCAGUAGGGAUGGGCCACAUCCCUGUGCUCUGCCCAUUUGAUGUGAGCCAGCUGGGCCUGAAUGUCUGGCUAGAAUAACAGCUGAAUGUAAAAACAAAACAUUGAAAGACUGUUGACUGACAGACUGGUUAACUGCUGAUAUUACGUGUUUACAUUGAGCCUUUUAAACACAGUAUUUAAAGCAGAUAACGAUGCUCGGAGUGAUCUAAUAAUGUUUUAUCAUGUAAUCUGUCAAGCAGAUUGUGUUUUUUCCCUGCAUGGUAUGAAACUCAGCAAAGCCUGCAGCAUCGUUAGCAGAGGAUACAGCUGAGCAGACAUCUGGCCGCACAGAAAUGAGUUCACAAUGCAAAUUAAAAUGAUGAUGUUCGAAUGAAAUUCCUGUUUUAGACAUAUUUUUGGUUUUGCAGAAUUUGCGCACAACCCAAUCGUAAAAUGUGUAUUAUUAAAACAGUCCCAGUAGUGGGUUAUUUGUCUAGCUUUAUGGAGUAUUUCAUGUUUGUUUUUUUACUGCUGAUCAAAUCUAGUCAAAGAAAACAGAGCAUCAUGAUGAGGCAGUAGAAAAAAAGUGAGAAGUAAGAGGAAAGUGACUUAGAAGAUGUUUCGACCGAUAGAGACUCGUGUGAUUGGGAAAGCCGCUCCUGCUGUCUCCCUCACUGCUCUGUGACUCGGUCUGGCUGCCUGUUGAUCUCCCUCCGGAGCUGCUGCGGCUGUCAGUGGACUUCGCAUGAGCUCUCUGUUGUCCCUCAAGGAUUUGAACAGCAGUGCUGACCGUAAGCUAUAGUCCCUAGAUGAUGAGCUAAAUAUAUAACUCCCACACCCCCAUCUCCUUUUAUGUUCUCGCCGUCUCUUCAUUCGAACUCCACGCUAACCCUCUCUUGCAUUCAUUCGUGUGUGUUCAAGCGUGCCUGUGAAGUCGGACAUGUCAUAUAUAUGUAAUAUUGAUGGCCCUGGGCAGAAAGAAAAUGCCCCGUUUGUCGGCUGUUAUAUGCCAUCAUUGUUUAAUGCACAAUUUGCACAGCAUGGUAAGAAAAUAAUAGUAAAAGUAGAGAGCAGGGCAGACUUGUUUUGUGGGGUUUUGCCUCUUUUAAAAUUCUGAAUGUAGACGGGAAGGAUAUCUGUGCAGGAGAGACAAUGAAGUCAUAAGAACAUAGUGUAACCACACUGUUGGCUGCUUUUCCCAUUCCCCCUCCAGCUCCUCUUAGUUUGCUUUGUCCUCCCUCUCUGGUUCUCUCGUUCUCAUCCUCGGCCUUUUAGCUCACACAGAAGGAUUCGUCUAAAUCUAGUCGCUGGGUCUCUUUUACGUGCGUGUUAAGUCAGUGCCUAAUCUUUGUUGAAGGAGGUGCCUGCUGCCAAGUUCUGUCACUGUAUUAGCCAGCUCAAGCACAAUAUGGCCCUGGAGCACUAAACCAAACUAGAGCUAUCAGUUCUCCCUCUUUUGUGAAGACUUUUCUGUAUCUUAUUACCUGAAUGUGAAGCUGAAAUAUGAGCAAAGAGGAAGGAUGUCUCAUAGAAAGUUUGGAUUCAGUCCUUGAGGGUUUUCUCUCUGUGUGCCAGUUACACGUGUAACUACUCAAACCUGAAAACCAGGUUUGUCUAAUCAGACAUGUUUAGUCCUUGCAGGCUGAAAGGUUUUAAUCAUCUGUAUUAAUGGAGUGAGACUAAAAGACCAGGAACCGGCCCCUAACUAAGUCUCCCUCAUUACUUUGAAUAAAGAUUACUGUUUUCCAGGUCGCUCGCUAUUGUGUGUCCAGGAUGGAGUUGGAUUUCUGAGCUGUGGGAUUAACCUCUGGUCUUUAUAGCAUGAUCUUUACAAACCAUAUCCAUAAUCUGUGGGGUUAUUAAAGGGGCCCGGCAAAGUGAGAGGGGUCAUACUCCCAUCUGCUUCCAGUCCCACAUGCAGAUGAAAAUCAUCUGCAGCGGGAAGCGGAGGCUUUCCUCUCCCUCUUUAUCCAUCAGAGAAAAACCUUUAUUGUGUACUUGAACUGAAAAUCCCCAGUCGGCCUGUGAAGAAAACGACAGAAAUAGGCUGCAGUUCAGCAACCGUGAGAAUGUCAGGUAUCAUUAAUAUAUCUUUAGACUCUUUGUCAUUUAGAGGUUGAAGCUUCUUUUUGUCACUCAUGAAAUAUUUAAUGAUCAGUCAUCAUCUUUACAGAGAAAACAAGGGAGUGUGAUGAUGCAGCUCGACUAUUCUUAUCCACAACCGCUUGUCGUUAACAAUCUGCUCACUACUUUCACUUAUAAAUGAGAUCAUAGUCCUUUUAAAGCCUCAAUGUUAUUUUUUUUUAAGAAAAGCCAAGCAUCAUUUCCCAGAACUCUUCAAGGUGACUCUUCAUUUACAGGCAUUAAAAACAAAGGAAAGCUUUAAACCUUUAGUAUAGGAAACUGAAACCAGCACUGUUAUGUAUUUUGUUUGAAAAAAUCACAAAAAUUGUUAACAAAAUGGUUGGAAUUGGUGUCUUUCCAUUGAGUUAUAAACAUAUCCUUGCAGCUCUCAUUUUAUUCAAAGGGUCUUUUAUUAAAUAAAAUGGUAUGCAGCACUAAUUCCAUAAAAAACAGAGCAUAGCCGGAUCUGAGAUGGUCAAAAAAAAGGGUUUGAAAAUAUGCAACAUGACCAGGAGCAAGCAUUUUUAAUUUUGCGCCAUCUUUCUUCAGAGCGCUCCUCCUUUCUUCUCUCUCGUGUCUCUUUUCGUCCUAACAAGCUGUCAGUAACAUACUGUUUUUUUUUCUUUGCACCGUUAGGUUUGACUGACAGACUUAGCACAAGAAAAAGGCAAGUACAAGAGCUCUGCCUCUGAGAUCUAAUGUGCUCUGCCCUCAUUUGAGUGCUUGUAAUGUUUCCCCUGUGUAAUUAGCGUAACAGGCUCUGAGGGCUGAAUAUGUCCACACGAGUCUGAUCAUUCAGUAGGAAUGAACCGAACAGCAGGGUUUAUUAGGCGCACAACAGAUUAUUCUUGUUAACUUGCCUUAUUUUUUUGGCUCGAGUCGAGCUGCAACCAUUUUUCGAGGUGCAAAAAACAGUAAAGAGCAGCAAAUGAGACAUCCAUCAAUCCCUCUGUCUUUUUGAAAUGAUUUCAUUAACAUCAAACCAAGUCAAAUCUGCAGAGAGUGGGUUGAAAAUGAGUACAAGAUGUUUCCUAUGCUGCCGGCUUUUAGGAAUAAAAUCUGCACUGUAAAGAGUAGUGCUGGUCGAGGUUGGCAGCUGCUGUAGCUGUCUCAAACUGUUUUCUCUCUCUCUAUUUGUCUCCUUCAAUCUCUUCACCAGUCUUGUAGCAUGCAGCGGGAUUAGGAUUAGUGGUCUGAGACUGGCUACUUUAACAAGCACUAAUUGAAUUGCCACUAAGGUUGUGUUGGAUACUACAGCUGACGGCUCCAGAGUUUUGGUCAGGGUUAAGCCAAAGGCUACAAACAUCACAACAUCAACGGGCUGCUGUUUUCAGAGGUUUGCAUCCACACUGUGCUGCACGGUUUUCUGUCUGCCAUCCACUGUGGGCAGCAGGCCUGUCUUUGGGGAAGCUUCUGCACUUGAGCCCACGCUGGGCCUGAUUAGUCGAGGCUUUCCAACUGUGCUGUUGGGUCUCCAUGUAAACAAACACAAUCCAUUUGUUGAGCCCGUACAGCGCACAAUUAGUCAUUGUUAGCAUGGGAAAGUCAUUCUGCUGUAAGUACAAAAUCGCUGAUGUAAACAGUUUGAACCAAAGGUUGUCAGUCCAUGCAACUGACCCUGCCCCUCUUCUGUGUCUUUCAGCGCUGCGACUGGUCCAGUUCCUGUCCAUCCAGUGAGUCCAGUGGCUGUGAGCCCAGCGAGCUGUUUGAGCUGUCUCAUAGCUGAGGAUUGCAUCAUUAUGGAACAAUAGAAGCGAGGAUCAAAACUCUCCCUCCUCCUCCUCCUUCCUCCUCCACCUCCUCUCCCCACUCUUUUUCCUCUCAGCCUGACCCUCCCCCUAACAAACACACACGGUCACCCACAGACUCAUGCAAACCUCUCUGACCGCUCCUCCCACGCUGGUCAUGGUCCACUCCCCCUGUCUCUCCAGUGUGUCAGACGGUGGCUGCUGUGUGUAAUCCUGUGUAGAGUGUGGGCCCUAUACGGCUGCGUAUGCUCCCUUUUGUGAUGGCUGCUGUUGUUGUAGCAGAGGCCUCCCUCAGGAGAGACCAUGAGGGAGAACAGAAGGCAGUGUAAAACUCACAAAGGGAGGAAAGGAGAGCGAGUGAGGGACACUGACGCUGCCGUUUCUUUGACUGGAGGAGAAUGAGCUUCACAGGGCAACACAUGGAAGUCAAUGGGGGUGAGACCACAUGAUGCAGGACUGGCAUUGCCACCCCUGUUUAACCACAUAUCGGUUAUCCAGCCAUCUACUUUGGAGAUAUCUGCCACAUGGUGAUCUGCAACAAGUAAUGAAGUAAAAUAGAGAAAAAGAAACAAGACUUUGUUUUUUUUUGUUUUUUUGGAUGAAAUUCUUUCCACUUUUUGGUGUUUUUUUCAAUAUCAGCCUGCCAAAAGUGCCUUCUUUGUGUAACUUUUGCCAUUUUUGAAACUUAUCCUGCUUUCUAUACCCAUACUCCAGAUUGCCACAGAUUAUAGUGAUAUCACAUUCAACAUUUGUUGCCAUAUUUCCAACGUGUAACGGAGAAUCUGUGACAUUGUAUGUAGUUGUUGACAGCCGCUACCACAGCCUCAUUUGAAAACACAGCUGACAAUCAUCACCUUCCUGAUUUCUUAGUACUUUUGGGUUUUCUUACCAAACCUGGCAACAAUAACAGAGUCAGAUUAUCCCACACCAGCCAGACUGCCUGCACUGCCUCCUCCUUUCUUGUGACGACGCAGAGCCAUCGCCAUGGUCAGCAUCCACUCCAAAUGGCGCUACUUUUUCAUGUUCCUGGGCAUCCAACUGGUGGUCAUGGCGCUGCUGUCCCGAGAGGGAUACCAGAAGCGAGUCAGCUACUUCAUCCGCAUCUUCCGCAAACCAGAUACCACUCUUCAGUCAGGUCGCAACCACACCGCAGCUGGCAUUCCCGGAGGCGACGUUUAUGCCAACCUCUCCCACCUAUCCAAAACUCAUAGCCAUGCUAACGACAUGCCCUACUGUCCCAAGACAUCCCCUCUAAUAGGUGAGUGGGCUUACCUGCUACAGUGUCAGUCUUUGUACCUGGUUUAUCAUACUGCUUAACGUGUGUAAAUUUGUUGCUACAUUAACGAAAUAUCAACAACUUACCUGAUAAUUUCCCAGUUUUCCAUUGUUGUGAGUCAUCAAUCAAGUCAAGCUUUAUUAUUGUCAAUUAGUGCUGGACAUACACAGGGAUAAAAAGAAAAUCAAUGUCCUGUCAGCCCUACAGUGCAAAUAAUCGAAAAGAUGUAGUAUUAGACAAAAGAAAAAUAAUAAUAUAUCCAUACAUAUCUACAGAUUUGUCUUAUAUGUCGAUGUAAAUAGACCUAAACACUAGGGUUGGGACGAUAUGCUUUUCUCCUGAUUUGAUUCUUCUACAAUUAUUUUAGAUGCCGAUUCGAUUUAAAUUGCGAUUCUACGAUAUUGUCUAUUUUCUUGAUUUUAAAGGUCCUUUCACACCAGGAGCGUUUUUUUCAUGCGAUUAUUUCGGACGUCAAUAUUUUUUUCGAACUCAUAUCCUGUCAAUACAAGCGUUCACAUCAGCAACGUUUUCCCGUCCUGCGAUAUUGCGGCAUUUAUUUUUUCGGAUUGCAGUCGAUUUUUCUAAAGUUUUGCAUACUGUGUGUCCACUUCUGACCAAUCAGAUUGCAUGUUGUUGCGACAGCUGAUUCACCAGUAUAUCAGACAUGGCCGACCAGCUGAUUGUUUACGUGUCGGAGAACUGAGUACUUUUUGAUAAAAGACACAAAUAUUACAAAGAUAACGACCUGAAGGAUAGUUUGUGUGCUUUAACAGUUUGCUGUUUUAACCUUCAUCUGUGCUAAGUAACUUUAGCUCGUAAGCUAACCUGUUCAGAUACAACAUACCAUAUGUAUUUUCACUGUCUCAAACUCAAUCGCGUUGCUGUCACAGCACCAUUAGGUCUCGGUUGUUACCUUACGUUUAUGGAUUAUAGUUUAAUGUGCUUAUCUGGUACUGGCCCCGACUCAGUACAUGCUGAGGCAGACAGACAUCUCAACACUAGAGUCUAAUCAGAACUGAAAAACACUCAGUCUGCUGUUGUGUCAGUCUUCUCGCUUCCACCCGGGACGCGUCUUUUUCCCCCUGGAAAGUCGCAAAAUCGCAUCAGACUUGAUGUGUAUAGUCAGACGCAUCAAAAUUCACCUCAGAAUAUUUCGUAAUUUGUGUAUAUUUGUGUUGUUUCUCGUGUGUAAGGACCUUAAGUCAGUUUUUAAGAUUUAUUCUUAAAUUUGAAAAAAAUAAUUGUUUAGAUAAAAAAAAAUCGAUUUUAAAAAAUGUAAAACUGGUGGGUGCAAAUGUCAGUAUUGCAUUGAACAGGCGAUAAUUUGAACAGUAGGCGGGUCAAUAUUGUCCUUUCAGUUUUCCUGUAACUUGCUAAGAGCAACGAGUCACAUUAUCAUGGGACAGUUUACAGAGGUGGUGUUCUGCUUUGUCAUAAACUCUGAUAAAGGGAAUAAACUCAAAUCCUUCGGUACAUCUCUGCGAUCGAGAAGUACAGGCUGCUAACUGUGAGAGUUGUGAAACUCGUGGAGCUUAUGCUUUUUAGUCACCCCUCCCUUAAAAACAAUCUUAAAUGCAGAAGUGAAAAAGAGUCCCCGCAAUUUGCACAAUGAAGCAUGACCAUUUCACUGAAGUGCUGAAUAUUUCAGUCCUCAUCCCCUCAGCUUUGUUUUUAGCCAGCCUUUGGCAGCCGUGUCAAAGCGAAAGCUGGCAGCUGAGAGCAAGAGUAUUCUUUGAAACGCUCAUCAAAAGAGAAUUUGUAAAGGUCAUUGGGGUUUUCCAGGUUAUUGGUUUGAAAGAUGGCUGAAACCUUUCUGAGUUUCUUCUGAAACUGUUUAAAAAAAAAUAAAAAAGGACUGGUAUUGCAGACGUCAGUGUGAGAGCUCAACAGGACUGAUGGAGGAAGCACCUUUUUAGAUUUUAGCCUCAGAAAACCGCACAUCAGAAGCCGAGUAGAAAUCCCAGUUUUGUGAGGUACACAGUGUUAACUUCAGCUUAAAUGGGCCCACUGGGGUAUAAAAUAAUAUUCAGCAUACUGCAGGAGCUUUAAAAAUAGCUGCCUAAUGCUGCCCACUCAUCAGAGUGAGGCUAAUGGAUUGUGUGCUGGAGUGAUUGUUCAAAAUCUGUCAGAAGCGUCAGUAGUCAUGUUCCAUCCUGAUUCAGAGCAGAUCAUAGUUUUAAUUUACAGUUAUCGGAUCACUCAGACAAUAAGACAUGAAGGAGAUCCUGAAAAUGAUUCUCUGUCAUCAUUUAUAGUUUUUACAGAAGAAAAAAAACCCCAACAACCUGUGAACUGAAAUAUUCUGCUUUUGCUUUCAACCACAAAUCUUUCAAUGCCAUCUCAUCUCACUUUGUUUGAUGACAACUGAGCAAACUCCGCUCACAAAGAAACUGAGGUGUGCCUGUAGGCUUAACAGAAAUUAAAUGCCGUAAGUGGAUAGCUUAACUUUUCCUCCCUCUGUUUGUCUUCGUCCUGUCACACACUAGUUACACAUUACCCAGACAUUUGUAUCCUGCUCAAUGUUUGUCGAAUUUACGUGGGAUAAACUGUGUAAGCUGGCUUAGUUUUCUGGUUUCAAGGCUCUGCCCUCUGCUCCUUUGUUCCCACAUCUCUCAGUUAUUUUACACGGUGUGCUGAUAGCUGAGCCACAAGGCAUUGACUUUCUUUCCUUGAAAAACAGGAUGGUCAGAGGUAACUAAAGUACUGGUGAAUAUUUGAUCUGAGGGUGAGGGGUGAACAGAAACCACCUGAAGGUUCACUCAGACUGCUUUGAGGAGAAGGGAGGGACUGAAUCUGUGUGAUUUCUGAAAAGGAUUACUAAAUCCUGUAACAGGAUGCUUGGCAUGUGUAUUAUGAGGGCCUAAAGAGCUGCAACUAUGCAUUAUUUAUUCUAUGGUCUGAUCCCCUGAUAUUUGCUUUGAUUAAUUAUUUAAACAGGGAAAUUUGUUCUGAAUAAAAAAAAUCUAAACUUGUCCAACCAAGUGUCCAAAGGUGUGUUCCAAAUCGCAUACUUCCAGUGCUAAAUACUUAAAAUUUUGAGUAUACUCAAUGCAAAAUGGAAAAAAGUAUGGAUAGUAUAUGAAAAUUGAGUAUGCAAAAGUACCCGGAUGAGGUACUCAAAUCGGUCAAGAUUUUGAGUAUGCGACUGUGGACACUCACCCGCACUCAUUUCAUCUGUGGCUGUGGACGGCUGUGGUGCCGGUGGGUCGGCGAUAGUUGACCUGGGAGCUUUGUACAGAUGUAAGCAAUAAGUUGCCUUUUGCACGUUCUUUCCACCAAGCACUGCCAGCAUUUAUUUUGAGUAUAUUUGUGGUGUAAACUUGGUAACCUGUUUGUCUUUUGCUGCAAAUGUUAUUGCGAAUGCUAGUUAGCAAGUUAGCUAGUUAGCUAGUAGCUGCCGGGUUCCGAAGCGUUACCCGUGGGGUAAAAAUGAGCGAUGAAAGUUCAUUUUGUUGCUGAUUUUACCUCAAAAGUGGAUGAACGAGCGCAGGAAAAAGGUGGCGGUAAUUAGCUGAUGCAGAGCUAGCCGGUGACAAAUUGGUGUAGUAGAAGAAGAAAUGGUGUCGUCAUUUCCGGUGAGUGCGCCGCGCGGCAGUAUUUGUGACAACGCUGCACCCUUGAAACUCAAGCACUAUGCGAUUGAGUACAUAGUAUGCUUAGAAUACUCAAUUUGAAAAAUCUAAGUAUUUAGUAUGGAAGUAUGGGAUUUGGGACACACCACAAGUCUCUAAUGUGCAGAAGUCGUUUUCAUUGUUACAUAAGGUGUGUCCCAAAUCGCAUACUUUACUAAAUACUAAAUUGAGUAUACGAAGCAUGCUAUGUACUCAAUCACGCAGUGUGCAAGUUUCAAGGGUGCAGUGCUAUCCCAAAUCGCAUACUGCCACGCGGCGCACUCACCGGAAAUUACAGACGAACAAAAACUAAAGAAAUAAUGACAUGAUGUGCUGCAGACAAACCUCUGUGGCUGAUACUGCCUCUAUUCACAGGCUAGCUAGCCUCGUUGGUUGUAUAGUCCAUGACCAGGCUCUGCUGGCCCGCCGGGUAUUUUUUAUUUGCCACGGGUAACGCUUCGGAACCCGGCGGCUACUAGCUAACUACCAUUAGCAUUCACGAUACCGUUCGCAGUUAAAGACAAAAAACAGGUUACACCACGAAUAUUCUCAAAACGGUAAACACUGGCAGUGCUUGGUGGAAAGAACGUGCAAAAGGCAACUUACUGCUUACAUCUGUACAAAGCUCCCAGGUCAACCAUCGCCGACCCACUGGCACCACAGCCGUCCACAUCCACAGAUGAAAUGAGUGCGGGCGAGUGUCCACAGUCGCAUACUCAAAAUCUUGACCGAUUUGAGUACCUCAUCCGGGUACUUUUUCAUACUCAUUUUUCGCAUACUAUCCAUACUUUUUUUCCAUUUUGAGUUGAGCAUACUCAAAAUUUUAAGUAUGUAGUAUGGAAGUAUGCGAUUUGGAACACACCUAUAGUGCACGAAAAAUAAGUAUUGGACAAAAAUUGGAAGGUCAUCGAACUCUGAGACCUGGUUACAGUAUUUACCUUUGGAGAGUAAAUCAUCCCUGACUUAAAGAGGAUGUCUUUGUGUCACCUGUUGUACAGUGACCACAUAUUUUUCUUUUUAGAUUUUGUCUCGUUUUUGAUUUUGUCUCUUCUUGGUAAUUCCCAGUUUGUGGUGAAUGAGGUUGCUUUUUACUGAGCGACAGUAAAGAGGUACUUUGCCGUUUCCUGUCUGUUUCAAAGCCUGGAAAGCCUUCUGUUUGUGGGUUUGCAUUUCAGACCGGGACAGAACCUUGUCCAGAAGUGAUCUAUUUGGUUAUAUUUACAUUACUAAUACAUUAUCGCUCCCAAAGAAUCAGUGUUUCUCAUCAGAGGGUUAACUUCAAACACUGAGUUUCAUUUCCAAGCUUGAUGCUACAUUCAAAUCAUGAGCUCUCAUUCAGUAACCACAUUAUUUGCCUUUGCUCUAUCUAAAACAUCUCGUUUCCGACUGACAAUGACAGCAUCUAAUUUCCGCUUGUAGGUGGGCCGAUCCACGUCAGCUUCCCAUCAGGGCUCACUCUGGCAGAUGUUCAGAAGAAAAAUCCCAUGGUGGUUCGAGGAGGUCGUUACAGGCCGCCUGACUGUGAGGCCAGACACCGGACCGCCAUCAUCAUUCCCCACAGACACAGAGAACACCACCUCAAGUUCCUCCUCUACUACCUACAUCCUUUUCUGCAGCGACAACAGCUGCACUACGGGAUUUACGUCAUUCACCAGGUGAAACACAAACACACCAGAGGAAGAAUAAAGAGGUUGUGGUGGAUGUAUCUACUCGUUAUAUUUAAAAUUUGCAUGUGAAUCAGUUGGUCUGAGUGCAGGGUGUAACUGUUGUUGUAAUCCUCAAGGCUUCAGGCUAGGAGGAGAACGCCCUCUAGUGUUCUGACUCUGCAUCUGCAGGUUAUAGAACAAAAUGCCCAAGUGGCUUUCAGGGUUUAAUCUGCUUAGCUGCAGCUGUUUCAGUUAAUUCACAUUAACUCCUCAGCACUUUAUCUCUUACACCUCUUGUGCCUGUCCUAUUGUCGAGUCUUACUUUCUGUCUCCGCUCAGAGAACUGUGAGGAUGCUUCACAUGCUGCAGUGUGUUACUUUUUUAGGAUGGAUCAGGGAAUUAACGUCUGAAUAAGGCAUGAAAAAUAUGAUGCAACGUCGCGGUAGAGAUGAGCACUGAGUCUAUAUAUAUCAUUGACUUGUGAGUCAUAACAUGUGGUUUUCUAUACUGUGAAUCAGGACACUGUUUUCUGUCUGUAAACUGAAAAGCAGAAAUGAUUUCCUGCUGCCAGCGAAGGAUUGACGUGUUUAUCCUUUAUGUCCUUAAAAUAAUUUCCCCUGUAACGAUUGAAUAACCUUCCAGCAGAGUUCCUCAUACAGGCGUGAAUUUAGAUGUUUAAUAUUCACAACUCAGACUAUUGGACCUAAUUAAUUGCUUUAUAAAUAAGAUGAAUAGAAUCAUUCUGUCAAUCUGUCAUGAAACAAUGGUUCUAAGUCAUGCCAUUCACUUUUACAUCUUUAAAUUGCAGCUGAAGAAACUCAUUGGUUUUGGUACUUGAAGUUUAAGUUGCGCUUCAGAAGUUGGAUUAUAGAUAGACUGAGGAGGUGCAGUAAGUGUUUCCAGACUCCCUCACUUUGCAGGGACCCUCUGGCACAUAUCCUGAUCAGUUGAUUCUGAGCGGAAUUUUCCUUUAGUUUUGAACUUUUUUUGGUUUUACAUCAGAGCUGCUGACUGAAACACUCGACAACAUGCAGCGAUUUGGGACCGUUACAUAAUUGACUCUUGUUUCUUUUAUGUAAUUAACAAUUAAUGCGCACAUUUAGGUGUGAAGAAGAAAAUCAUAGGCUCAUGAAAAAAGAAAAAAAGAUGGCUUCUGGAGAUGUUGCAUUCACUCAAAAAGGAAAAGAAAUCUCGUUUUUCUGGAUAGCGGACUCUCUGUUUUGACUCAGUGUCUGUGUUUCCCCUGCAGGCUGGAAAUUACACUUUUAACAGAGCCAAGCUGAUGAAUGUUGGUUUUCGAGAAGCCAUGAGGGAGGAGGAAUGGGACUGUCUCUUCUUUCACGACGUGGAUCUCAUUCCUGAGGACGAUCGUAACACCUACAUCUGUGACUCCAACCCCAAACACGCAGCCAUCGCCAUGGACAAGUUUGGCUACAAGUAUGUCGCUCCUCGUCUGUAAAAGCUCACUCAAGUGUUUACUCUUCACACAAACUAGAUCCCUGGCGUUAAGACUUCCUGAAGCCUUUUUAUUCUACAUUUUAUAAACCUUUGAACAAGUUCAGACUCAACCCAAAACAACCAUCAAGGAGACCGUUUCACCUUUGUCUAGCAUCCUUCAUUAGUGGUACACGCUUUCAAGAGAAGGCUUAGCAGAAAGAUCUGACAAACACACCAGCUCAAGUUUAACUCCUGUCAGUGGUUUGAAAUACUCACCCACGUUUCUGUUAUCUUUCAUCCUCUUCAGGCUUCCGUACAAAAUGUACUUUGGAGGAGUGUCAGCUCUGACGCCACUGCACUACCUCAAAAUGAACGGUUUCCCCAACAACUACUGGGGCUGGGGUGGAGAGGAUGAUGAUAUUGGAGUCAGGUAAGAAAGGCUGAUUAGACCAACUCAGAACAGGGAACGGGGAAAUUGAUCUUGGGUGUUAUUGUCACUCAGACCUGCAUUCAUAUUUCAGACAUAAUGACAUUUUUGUCUCCUUUUUGUCCCCCUCUUAGAGUGUCUUUAGCAGGGAUGUAUAUCACUCGUCCAUCCCUGAAGGUCGGCCGAUACAAGAUGAUAAAACACAAGCUGGACAAAGGAAACGAUGUGAAUCCAAAGAGGUAAAGACAGUGAUGUGUUUGGUUUAAUUUGGAAGAUUAAAGCAGAUCUGGAUUAAUUUUCAGUGCAGAGACGAUCAUUUCGAGUGUGUUAAGGUUAAAAACUCUGUACUUCAUGACCAGGACAUUUAUUUGGACAUUUGUCAAGAUCACAACACUUGACCUGUUAUGAGCAGCAUUCGAUCGGUGCAUGUGGACACUUUUUGUAAGCUGGCAGAGUAGUAAUUAAUCAGUUUACAAAGUUUUGUCGUUGUCCGGGUCACAGGGGCAGUAGCUUUAGGAGGGAAGCCCAGACGGCUCUCACCCCAGCCACUUUGAAGGUCUCCCCCUGGUAGGACAUUUUCUGGAACACCUCUAACAGGAGGCGUCCAGAGGGCAUCCUAACCAGAUGCCCGAGCCACCUCAGCUGACUCCUCUCGACGUGGAGGAGCAGCGGUUCUACUCUGAGCGCCUCCCGAGUGUCCGAGCUCCUUACCCUAUCUCUAAGGCUGAGCCCGGCCACCCUGCGAAGGAAACCCAUUUCGGACGCUUGUUCUUUCGGUCAUUACCCAAAAAUCAUGGCCAUAGGUGAGGGUCGGCAUGUAGAUCAACCGGUAAAUCGAGGGUUUCACCUUACGGCUCAGCUCUUUCUUCACCCCGAUUGAUCGGUCCGCAUCACUGCUGACGCCGCUCCGAUCCGCCUAGUUUACAAAGUUUUGAUUUACGUGAAUAAGCUCAAUAUACAUCCCAGUACAGACCUCAUCACUGCACCCUGUUCAAAGAUUUCUUGUUGAACGAAAAGAAACACUAAAAAGAGGAUCUGUAUUUUUAAAUUUGGUUACACCUGCAUCUUCAUGAUAGUGGCUGAUGGUGCUCAUGGGAAAUGUAGUCCGCAUCAUGUGAAAAGCUGUACCAAUCUCAUCCAGAAGAGGUCACCAGAGUCAACACAACAUGGUCAUUCCUUACAGUGUCAUUACACCUGCAAUUUUGAAGAACGCGAUCGCACAUUGUGCAUUUUUCUGACAUUGUUUGAGUCGAGUAAAAUGUGGGCAGCUUUAGUGGCUCAUCACUCUCUCUCUGUAUUUUGUGUUUAAAGGUUCAACAUGCUGGCAAAGACACGUACCACCUGGAAGUUGGACGGGAUGAACACAGCUGAAUAUGAGACAAUCUCACGGGAGUACCUGCCUCUCUACACCAACAUCACUGUCAACAUCGGCACGGAGGCCGGUCUGCACCCACCUCCUCCUACUCGUCCUCCACCUGCCAAAGCUGAGGGCAAACCGGAGGUGAAAGUAUCUGCCAAAGCUGAAGGCAAACCUGCUGAAGUCCAGGCAAAAGGCCCAGCUAAACUUAUAGAAGGCCCCUCGGUAAUUUAACCCAACAUGAGAGACCACUAAUCAUGUUCCAGUUUGUGGAAUGAUAUUGUUCCUCCUCGGUGGCCUGUCUUCUUCUUUUUUUUUCUGCUCAUUUUGGCUGUUUUGACGGUUUUCUUUUUGGAUGAAUCAACAUCAUGCUGUGUACAGAAAUCGGCGCACUCAUGUGAGUGGUUCACAUGAUGGAACUAAAGACCUGAAGGAUCUGACCCUUGGGUGACGGCUCUCCACGUCGGUUCCUGUUGCAUCACUUAUUUUUCUUCCAGGGAGCCACGGUGAAGAGUGAAGAGUAAAAGUUGGACUCUAUGAGUUUAUAUGUCUACAGCGCUGUGGUCGCUGCUUAAACCUUGUGAUGCCUUAGAAUCUUGAUCUGAUUUAAACGUUUUUCGUUGCUUCACUCGUACUUUACAUUGAUUUUGAUGGAGCAGUAGCUGCAGGUUCCAGCAGCCACACUGUGCCAUGUGUAGUCUUUUUUUUUUUCUUCUCAACGCCAAUGAAUCUAUGAAUGAAGGAGAAGAGUGUGUGAAGCUGCUACAAAGAGUGAAGGAACUCGACAGAUUUGUGUAUAACUGUUGAUAUUAUCACUGCUUCUAAUAAUAGCGCACAUAUCUUAUCUGUCCCUGAAUAUCUGGAGUCUCAUUUAAAAUGGGUUCCAACACUGAGAUGCUGGUAUAUAUCUGUUUUGUUAGUAUAUAAAGAAGAUAGACUCAAUCUUCCUGUUUCAACUGUACACAUAAAUGAGCCUUUCAUCCUCUUCUUGAUGAAUAAGGAUGAGGGAGCGGUUUCAGUCCUGUCCGUCAGCGGCCAAGAUACAGUCCAUCUGUGUAGCGUUUGUUUCUGAGCUUUAGUUCUCAGCGAAUCGAAUAUCUUCGACAUCUGUUUUCUUUUUCUUUAUCGGGUGCUUUUGCCUUUAUGAGACAGAGCAGGUCUUGGUGACGGUGAUCAGCCCUCUGCCUUCACAUGAGCUCACGGUUCACAUCAAAAUGGAGUCUUGUCUUGUUUAUCUGUUAUUUUUAUGGAAUAUACUGAUCAUGUACAACGCACUAUAUAUUAUCCAUGUAAAUCUGUCUAUUAAGAGUGCUGGCUUGCUCCCUUGACAUCUUAUAUGCAGUUAAUCUUCACAACAGACAUUAUUUUUGGUAUGGUCUCGUUAUGAUCUUCACAAAGCAGCAGAAAUGAAGAUGAGGAAGUAACAAGAGUAACAAGAUCAGUCCUGGACCUGGUUCAACUUGAGAGGGCUGCUUUGAGGAGCAAAAUAUGUCCAGGUCGACAAACCCGUUCGUUUGUAGCUCCAGCCGAAAGCACAACACAAAAAUCUGGUCCUUGAUGUGCCGAUACAGACGUACAAUUUCUUACUCCACGUCAUUAUUGUGAAAAAUCCCGUUCUGCCGUUCCUCCCCGACUUUUGCCCGUAUACUGCAUGUUGACUCUCCUCCCUCCCUUUCCGAUCUCUGCUCUUUCUGACAGAUUUGAUUGUUUACACAGAAAGAAAAAGUAUCCCUUUACCCUGUGAGAGCGUCCAUACCGACAGAUGAACAGUUUGAAACCAAAGACAACUGCAUAGAAAGCUGUGAUGAUGAAUAAAUAAUGUGUGUUUGUGUGUGUGUGUGUGUGUGUGUGAGCUGUCUGCUCCAUCGCAAUGAAUUAUUCCUGCAUUUUAAUGGGCCCAUCUUUUUCUUCUAUCAAUAUUUGUAGCCUCUUUUAAACUAUCAUGUAUUCACAGUACAGCUCUUCGUAGUAGAGGGACAUGGUUUUUCUUUUUUAGGUUUACUACAACCUCUUUUUUUAAUCAGUAUCUUUGUUUUUUUCCAACUGACAAGGACAUGCCAAGGUCAGAAAGUGACUGCCUGUGAUUUUGUCCAAGACUAUAUACUGUAUGAUCAUUUUGAUGUGAAUCAAUAUUCAAAUCCUAUGGCCUUAGAAACACACACACAAUACUAGUAUUUACCUAGUUAACCUUCAUAUCAGAUGUAGUAUGCAUGGCAAAAAAACACUAUUAGUAAGGGAAUGUAAUGAGCACAACCUGGAGAUUAUACAUAUCAAUGCUCACCCAGGAAACAUUAAGCAUGCUGCAGUGUUGUGAACCUGGACCUGUUAUUGUGACUUCACAUUUGAGUUUUUAUUCUACUGUACAGAGUCCGACAGGAGACACAUCUUUAUUUUUAUGAAUAUGUUCAAAGGAAGCUUAGAUACCAGGGUCACAAUGUACAGUCUCCAUCAUUUACAGCCUAACUCCUUUUUUUGUGUGCAUUUAAUUUGACUCCAUUCUGAUGUGGAAUAGCUCAGCAGCAAUAGGAAGCAGUCACCGCAGUGUAGUACAGGAGCAACCAAGGGCAAAGUGAUUUAAGUUCUUUUUGCUCUCUUUAUGAAUUCUGCACAGUCCAGAGUGGCCUUAAAUUCAUUAUUAAUAAACUGAUUAUCCAAAACAAAUGUG